AUGCCAGCAAAUGUGACAGGAACAAAUAUAAUUAUCUUUCAUGCCGGAGAAGCUGCUGUGAAAGCUCAAUUUUUUCAAGAUCUCUUAAUUGAAAUUCAAAAUGUCAGCUCGAUAGCAUUUGAAACGAUAUUUGCUAUUGAUAUUUUUAAUGAAAUAUCAGUCUCCGUACAACAACAGCCAUUUUCUCUAACAAGUGGUAUUGUAUCAUUUGGAGCCACAGCCAUCAAGUCUAUUGCUCCAACGAUCCUCGUUACUGCUAGUUUAUUCUCUCCGAAUGCUGUUGGACAUGAUGGCUUCGAUGGUGUACAAACUCGUCCACCCAAUGCGGAUGAUCGAUAUCCAUUGCGACCAGCUAGUCUUAUAAAUAGGCACGCUGAUUAUAUUGACUUACAUGUAUAUGCUAGUGAAAAUACACGAGCAGAGUUUGAAGGAGCUGCAUUGAGCCCAGUCAAACCGAUAUUAAUUAGUGAAAUGGGAGCGUUUAAAAACAAUUAUCCGAAUGUAUCAAGUGCUGCCAUUGCUAUUCAGAAUGUAAUGAUCGAAAGUUUAAAUUAUGGAUUCGUUGGAUGGGGUACUUAA